AUGGCGUCGAAGUCUGUUUUUCGGGCUCAAAUACCGGUAAGAGUACAAGGUAACACGUCAUGUGUUCACCACCACGGUACGGAGUUGACGCUGUGCUGUUGGGAGUGCUCAGAGCUGGCCUGCAUCCGUUGUAUAGCCAGCGUUCACGACGGUCACAUAUUGGACAGUCUCUCUGACGUAAUGGCUUCAAAGAAAGGUAAUAUUCAAUCAUUCAUUGACCAAACUGAACAGAACGAUAUUGUCGAUCUGAAAACAGAAGUCGAAACAAUUGCAGAAAAAAUAGAGAAUAAUGAAAGAAAAUUUCAAAUGCAUCAAGACGAGAUCGAAAAGCAAGGGAAAAGGAUGAAAGACGAAAUUGACAUUGUUGUCAAGAAAUCCAUCUCGCGUUGUACAGAACUCAAGCAGGAAAAUGAAAAGCGAUUGAAAAAGUAUAAAAUCGACAUGGAGGCCAGAAUUAAAGAUCUAAACACACUGGUACUGAAAUGUCGAGACACUUUACAGACCCAAAGUGAUGUGGAGAUAUUUGACACAGAGAAACAACUUGGCCCUUUACCAGCUGUGGAAUUGAACUUAUGCCAUCUGACUUUCACACCAAAUAAGCAACCUCAAGGAUACCUAGACCUUGCGGUGGGGAAAUUGACCACUGUUGGGUACCAGUUCGUGUAUGCUUAUGAUGCUGAAGAAAAUGAAUGCAAUACCCCGAUGGAAAAGAUGGCACAAUUGAAAGAAGAAGUUCAAAGAAAAGCUCCAUACAACGUCAGCGCCAUUUGUGCCAACAAAGACGAGGGAGCUUGGAUCUGCAGCAGCGAAGUAUCGUCUAUCUAUCAGAUAAAUGAUGAGGUGUGGAGAUGUGGAACUGGGUGUUUCAAAGUGUGUGUCAGUGAUAUAAGUGUGUCACCAGUUACUGGCAAUGUGUGGGCAAGUUCAGAAGUCAACAACGCGAUAAUGGAACUCCCAUCACAAGGUGAACCAAUCAAAAGGCUCACUACUACGUCUGCACCACGAUGUCUCUGCGUGACACAAGAAGGCAACAUCGUUAUCGGAAUGACCCGUAAACUUGUGCGUUGUGAUGUACGUGGAAAUGUCCUGCUAACCAGAACUGUUUGUACACCAACAAAGGUCGCUGCAUGUCCAGUCACCGGGAACAUAGCAGUUGUGGAGUUGGAUUUACGAGAGCAUGAAGGCGAAGGAAGACCUCAUAUCUUGGUACUUGACAGAUUGUUCCAAGAAUAUCACCGCUACCAUGGUGACAGAGAGGACAAAGGGACGACUCCAGAAAGUUCUACUUCCAAGGCAUUCCACCCUAUUGACAUAACCUUUGAUUCUGCCGGAAACCUGCUAGUUGGUGACUAUGGAAACAACUCGAUCUUAAUCAUCAACACUACUGGGGAGGUAGAAUCCAUUUACAGUGACUCCUGGCAUGUCGUGGCAAUCAGUAUUAACAGUAAAGGUAGUGUCUGGGCAGUGUUCCGGUACCAAGACUACCCUAACUAUAAAAUCAAAGUGUUGAAACCCAUGUAUUAG